GUACGUAUGUAUGGGAUUAGCGUUAGAACGACGGGAACUGGUGAGAUUGAGAGACCUAUCCAGCUACAGUCGCAACAGACCUUUGCCAGCACGUCACUUCUACCACUUUGGCUGGCAUUAUAAACGGAGCCCCCCUUGCGAACAUUGGCACUAUUAUGGAACAGCUAGGGACGCCAGCGAUCGCGCCCGUUCUUGAAGGACUGAUGGCUCCAUCGCUGCGACAUUAAUGGGAUCCAAGCUUAAAACUAUCCUUGUGGACCAUGAUGCUAUGGCGUGUCCUACCGUCGCUUCAUGGGCUGGUUCUGGCGCAUAUAUCACUGGAGAGGGAAGACGCCCAGCUCGACAACGGGUUGCUGUCAAUGAAGUCGGUUUUUUCUUUGAGAAGAAGAAAGCCGUUGUAAUUUCACAUAGUGGCCGUGCAGUAUUUCACAACAAUCAAAGCCGCGUCGCGGCUGAAAACGGCAAAAUAAAUCAACCAGCGGACGCCUUUCAAGCUGUCUUCCAUGUAGUCGGACCCGAGCCCUCCUGGCACAAUUUAAUCGUCGACCGUCCUAAUGAUAUCAUGCGCGUAGGCAACACCGACCUCUUUGAGAUAGCUCGUGACUUCAACACAGUUUCCACCCGAUGGAAGCUCAACAUUUGGUCAUACAAUCCGAAGAUGCAACACUGUUGGGGUAUCUUGCUUUGGAUUGUCACGCAAGUUCUGAAAGUGAGAGACAAUGCAGUAAUUCAGAUCUGGGCAAGACCAAUCUACAACAUGUUCGAAGACCGGGAGGCUGAGUGCGCUCAUGCAGAGAGGGUGAACCACGUGGAGGAAGAGGUGAGUGCAAAGCGGAAGGGAUCGAGGGAUGAUGACCAGGGGGAACAACAAGCCUAG